AUGGACGAGGAUACGGACCCUGUCGAGCCUGCCAGUGGCACACCAAACCACCCGAUAGAGAUCUCGGAUGGAUCUUCCUUCCACGGAUCACCCUAUGUUGGUCCAGAUAGCUUUCAAGCUAUGUUUACCAGGCACGAAUGGUACUCUACGCCUCCUCGCCAUACAUCACCUCAGCAGCAGCAACACCAGCAACAAGAUCCCUCUGAGGAUCCAAGGUUCGUGGCAGUCACGCCACCACCUCCUCCACCACCAGUUCAACCGGCACCCCCGCAACCACCAAGGCGUAGGAGAACCGGAGCGCGUAUAUCUGCGCGAACAGGAGACUUUCAUUUUAGUUCUCCACUACAAUCAAGCGGCAGCCACUACCUGCCACAUCAAGAAGAUCCACAAAUGGGUGGGCCUUCACACCCAGUUGCACCACAACCACCGCCUAUGGGUUUUGAUAACCCAAUUCCGGCAUACACGGGUUCCAUGGCGUACAACCCGUUUGAGCAGCCAGUAUACACCAACUACAAUUACGCCGAAGCCGAUCCGUACGUGGUAGCGACUAACUAUAGAACCCAAGGACCCUAUGGAGAUCCAUGGGGAGUAGGGUACCCAACUCAUGGGUACCAGAUACCUACAAGACCUAUUAUACGGACACAAUCGCAACCACCAAGGUUCUCUCCGCCUGAGCGUGAAGAAAUUCUGAAAAGGUUGGACUAUGUAGAGCGAGAAUUUCACAGGGAGCGAAGGGAGCGACAAACGUUCUUCCAAGGAUUGACAAGCCUGAUCAAAGGAAAGAGCAAGAAGGACCACUGA